AUGUCCAGCUGAUGCACAGGCUUGAAAAUAACGCAGCUGAGUUUGUGUCUAUUUGUAAUGGUUUUUCUACUUUUCUCUUAUCUUGAAUUCGCUUUUGACGCUCCGUGUCUUGGAAUUUGUUCGCGACUGAAUUACCGUUUCCAAGAGUGGAUGCUGGAUAAAUGUGUUGGAGCAUUUGUAGGAUUUCUAAAUUCGGAAAGAAAUGCAGGUCUGGUAAACCCAGUGUCCAUUUGAGAUGUCCGAAAUCCAUAAUAAUUAUAAUCAAAGUCGACCCAGCAUCACACGUGGCAGUGAUUAUGUGUGGCAGUAUGAAUAUUAUGACGAUGACGAGCCCGUGUCUUUCGAGGGUCUCAAGGCUCAUCGAUACUCCAUCGUCAUCGGCUUCUGGGUGGGACUAGCCGUGUUCGUCGUCUUCAUGUUCUUCGUCCUCACCCUGCUGACCAAGACAGGAGCCCCGCACCAAGAAAACCCGGAGCUGUGCGAGAAGCGCCACCGGCUGGGGAACUGCGUCGUGGACAUCCGCUGCCCCCAGGGGGACUCCCUGGCCGACGAGGACAAGGCCUUCUCGCGCCCCCUUCUGGACGAAUCACGCUCCUUCUUCUACAUCAGCAAGGAGAAGCAGGGGAGAGGAGGAGCAGGAAGUGGAUGUGGGCCGCAUAGGGUCCGCGGGAGGCUGGGCGGACGCAGCUCCUUCGGGUUGGAGGAGAUGGGGGAGGCGGGGGAAGCCAGCGAGCGGGGAGAUGGCGGUAUCGACCUCCAGGGCCUUCCGGAGGAGGGAAAGUCAGAGAGGGAACACAGCUUCCUGUCGCACCACUUCGACAUUCCCAACUUUGUGAACUCGGAGCACAGCUCAAUGAUGGGAGAGGAUGAUCUGCUGCUCUGUGAGCCGCCCGUCCUCCUGGACAGCCAAUCGUGCGGUCAGGAUGGCCACCACGUCAUCAGCUGAGGCCCCGCCCCCUCCACAUACAUCAGUGACAUCAUUAUUGGAGAUAUGUUACCAUAGCAAUACUUGAGUUCCAAAUGGCCUCUGCUCAUUUCUUUUAUAGGAGUGUGGACUAACAGGUACUGUAAAGUUACACUGACCUCACCCAUGACUACCAGGGUUGUGUUCAUUAGGGCAUGCAACCGAAAACAUUUCGCAAAAUAAAAACAAACAUUUGUGUUUCUUAUUGGACAAUUCCAGUUAGUCCCGCCCUGUUUUAGUCCGUUUUCCUGUGUUUGGGGCCUCAUGAACAUGACCUAGCUCUUUUCCAUCUGGCUAUUGGCAGAAAAUACUCUUUACAAACCACCAUCAGCCCCUGGUGAACCUUACUUGUUAGCUUGUACUAAUAGGUUGACACAGGGUGACAAUGUUUUUUGCAAGGGAGAAUAUUCUCAAGUGGAAACUUCAGCGACUUUUUUAAUUUGAYCUUUAUUUAACCUUUAUUUAACUAGACAA